GGCUACCAGCCGAGGAGGGGUGGCCGCUUCCAGGAGAGGGGGGUUUUCUGUUGUUUCUCGUCGCCUGAAUUGUCAAAUACGUGACGGCGGCGAGCUGAAAAACAAAGAUAAAAAGCAUCAGGAGACAUGAUGCUCGCUCCCACAGAGGAGCUUCCGUCGGGCCUGUGAGUGUCGGCAGGUUUCUCACCGCCGCCUCUCCGGAGGGUUUCUGCUGUCCGAGUCCGUCCUGACCCGCGACACCGCCAGGCGAUGACAGCGGCCACAGCCACUCCGCAGGUGAUGAGAGACCGGCUGCUGCAGGCCAUCGACGGCCAGAGCAAUCAGAUAUGCAACAUGGUGGUAGUUAUGGAGGUGAUCUCUUUUUUGGAGAAAUAUCCUAUCACCAAAGAGGCACUGGAGGAAACCCGUCUUGGCAAACUCAUCAACGAUGUGCGGAAGAAAACCAAGAAUGAGGACCUAGCAAAAAGGGCCAAGAAGCUCCUGCGAAACUGGCAGAAGUUAAUUGAGCCGGGGAAGAGUGAGGUAUUGUCCAGAGGCCACACCGGUACAUCAUGGUCUUCCAACGGUGGUGCUCAUCCUUGCAUCUCCGCUCCAGCUGCCACGGCACCAUCAGGUAAAACGGGUCCAGAGCUGAAGAACAGAAAUGACUUCAACAACUGUUACUCCCCUAAGGUGGAGAAACAGAGCAACAGGAAACGUAAAGGCGACCAGAAGGAGGGACAGCUCUUACCAGCCAAGAUAACCAAAACAACUCUUAAUGAUAAAAUACAAAAUUCCAAACCGCUGCCAACCAAUGGAAUUGGCGGUAGCUCUGACAUUUGUACAGAUACGUGUGCACAUCAGCCUUUAGACAAGGAGAUAUCUGAGCCUCUGGACAAUGACAGGCCGAAUAAAAUCCCUGUCAACGCUGUAAAACCUCAUCCAAGUGCCCCGGGAUACAGCAAGCCAUCUAGCACUUCUUUGUUGAAAAAAUCAGUUCUGCAGCAGCAAGCCAGACUGGAGCAAGCUGCCUCUGGGGGGCAGUAUCGACCCAGAAGCCCUCGCCAUUCCCUGCACAGUCCUCAAACCCCAAAGCAGGAAGCGGUCGUCAAACACACUGCACCACAAGCACAGAGUAUUUCUAGCCCCACCGUGAGACCUGGGUCUGUGGACACCUCUGGGCUAGGGCCUUCCUCUCAGCCUUUAAAUGUUUGUGUUCAGGGUUUGCACACUGACGGUUCAUGGUCUGCAGAUUUGGACUCUCAAAGCAGGCCUCCUAAUGCACCUCUUCACAACUCAAAUGCCUCCUCCUGCAGUGAUGGGGUCAGUUUGGAAGAUGAUGGUGUUUUUAGCAAUACAGAUAAAAGGAAAAGACAGAAAUACAGGCCUAAGGACUAUGUGGUAAAUUUAGACAGACAGACUGUAGAUGACGGCACUAAACCUGUCAGGUUAAAAGACAGGAGACUGACAUUUAACCCUGUAACGGGGCAGAUCAAAUCCUCCUUUCAUAAGGAGUCUUCCCAGGAGGAAGAGGUCAGGCUGGACCACAGACCUGAGCCCCAGUGGACAGAACAGGCGAAGCAGAAUCCACAGGUUCCUCCCAGUCCCUUCCAGCAGACGGACUGGAAAGAGCUGUCGAGGAGCGAAAUCAUCCAGUCAUACCUUAGCCAGCAAAGCAACGUGCUGACAUCAUCAGGCGCCAACACUCCUGGUGCACACUUUUUCAUGACAGAGUACUUGAAAAAAGAUGAACACCGAAGUAAAGAAGACAAGAAAACACACGUGUUGGUAUCAGAACCCCCAGCCAGGGAUUUACCAGGGGUUAAAAGAGAGGUCAACAACGAAGACCUGAACAGAUUACACACAGAGCACUGGUCUGGGGUUAACGGUUGCUAUGACACAAAGGGUAAUUGGUACAACUGGACGCAGUGCAUCUCCUUAGACCCUCAUGGAGACGAGAGCAGGUUGAACAUACUGCCGUACGUCUGUCUGGAUUGAAACUGUGGUCUCGUUUCUGAAUGGGAAGGUGUAAGUUUCCUUCAGUGUGCAGCGGCACAACUCUGGGUUUAUGAAGACACUUCAUCAAAGUGUAAACUGCUGUUUUGCACUAUUGUUGAAAAUGGAAUCAAUGCGUGGGUAUGGACAGAGGGUGUAAUCAGUGUUUUUUUAUGAGUUUUUGAACCUUGUGUGAGGACAGCGUGAAGGGGAAAGGCUAUGCAUUUAUCUGCCCAUUAAGUUGGCGAUGCUCAGUAAGUGAACAGUUGAGUUUUCCAGGCAGACAAAAGACCAGCUCCAAUACCUGCCAUCCUUUGUAUGGGAGAGAACAUCACACCACACUGCACAGCCACAUUUGUAAUCUUAUGUUAUCUCGCUUAUCGAUAAGCACAUGCCUCGUGGAAUGUGACUAUAUUGAAUUUUCACACAUUCUUUAAGAUUUCAGUCAAAGACUAUGACUCUAUUAACUUGUAUCAUCUUUCAAUAGAGUAGUAAGCUACAUAAUCAGAGCAGACAUCCAACAGAAACAUUUCAUGAUGAGGUCAUGUAUCGCCAUGCUGAAAUCCAUAAAAAGGUAAUAGAAGCAGUUGAAGUUAAGCAGCUAUCCUUUUGGAGCUAUCCUCAUCACUAUUCUAUUAAAGGGUAGGUUCACAGUUUUUUCCAAGUCUGUCUUAAUACAAUACUCACAUGCCUACAUGUUUAUAUAAGAGUUUUUGGUAGCUGUAAUUGUUCCUCCUGUCCAUACUGGCCGUCAAGAAAUCCCUUGCGAUCACGAUUGUGUCCCCGUGGACGGUUUUUUAUUUGCUGAGGUUUGGUAGAGGGAUAGAAACACAAUUACAUUUUGUACUAAAAACACUGUAAAUUGGGAACACUCACCUCAUUGGUCUCUUCCAUUGGAAGCAUGUUAGAAAAGUGGCACUUCAUGGCCAGUAUGGACAUUAUGGAUGAUAACUGGGAAUAAAAACGGUUUCAUGGUAAAUUUGGGCACGUGAGGAUUGUUUCAAGACAGACUUGGGGGGAAAAAAGUGAACCUAUCUUUUAAAUGUGCUGUGAAAAACGUCUAUCGCUCCCUCUCUUAGAGCCGCUGUUCUAAUAUUGCACGACUGCCUCAUACAUGACUUUUAGCAGAAAUAUUAACAAACAAAUCAGUUUUAAAACAGUAGAUUUUUUUUUUUUCUUGUGUUGUGAGGUUUGAGUUCUGUUUAAAUAAAGUGACAUUAAACUGCCGGAUGUGACUGUGCAGUUUGAGAUGAGAGAAAGUGAAGCUUGUAUAGGGCUACGAGAGGGUUGGCUGUCAUGUAUGAUAUUUAUUCACAUUUACAUAUUAAUUUUAAGAUUUACAUACAUGUUCUGACUACACUAAACCAUUUUUCUCUGUUCAGACUAAAUCAGUGAUGCAGUGGCGACAUUCCAAACUUUCCCUGCUGAUACACCAACCUACCUUACACAGGAAAACUCUCCAAAAUGACACAUUUUGAUAAUGUGAACUAAUUUUAUUUUAUACUUGCCUUUUCUUUUUACUGUGUAUUUAGGUUGUAAAAAUAUGAAUUUAAGAUGGCAGAGCAGAUCAUGCUACUAGGUUGCAUCUUUGUACUGUCAGGAAGAACUGAAAUAUAAAUUGACAUGCUGGAUAAAGUACUUAAUAUCAUUCCUUUUAGAUAUUGUUUGCCUUAUGGAAACCUGUGUUUUCCCUAAAGACAGAGCCUUAGUGAAUGUACAGAAAUUAGCCUUUUGUGUUCAGUUGAAUGCAGAAGAGAACAUAUUUGCUACUUAGUCCUUUAAGUGGACAUGUUAUGUGUUAAUAAAAAAACUGCAAGAAUUGUGAA